AUGGAAUUUUCCCACCAUUCCAAUAUCCUUCGGUUCAACCAAGCCGCCGAGAAUGAUGCUUCGGUAUGCGUUCAGAACCUUUGCAACUGGAAACAAGCCGUCGACGAGAUACAAAGCUGGCCCGAAUACAAGCCGCAACCGCUUCGAGAUCUCCCAAACUUCGCCCGCCAAAUGGGAAUCAGCAAACUCUUUCUCAAAGACGAGAGCAUGAGAUUCGGCACGGAGCUUGGGUCCUUCAAGGCGCUUGGUGCACCGUACGCCGUCUACAAAAUCUUGGCGCAUGAGAUAUUUUUGCGCAGAGGUGUGCACCCAUCGUCUGGCGAGCUGCGGUCAGGGAGAUACCACGAAAUCACUCAACGCAUCACCGUCUGCGUUGCUACAGACGGGAAUCAGGGAAGAGGCCUUGCUUAUGGAGCAAAGAUUUUCGGCUGUCGUUGUGUCGACUACAUCCACAACCACGUGAGCAGCGGUCGUGCAGAGGCGAUGCAGCAACUGGGCGCCGUGGUUAUUCGCAUUGAUGGAGAGUACGAGGCAUCGGUCGAGAGAGCAAGGGAAGACGCGCGAAUGAACGGGUGGCACUUCGUCAGCAGCACCUCCUGGAGCGAUUUCGACAGUGGCAUUCCUCAGCAUGUGAUGAACGCAUACAUGGUUGUUGUCGAGGAGGCACUUCACAUGAUCCCGGAACUUGAAAGAGUCACUCACGUUUUUGUGUGUGGUGGAGUGGGCAGCAUCGCCGCGGCUGUAUUCCUGGGAUUCUUCACUCGAUUCAAACAAAACCAGGCAGCGGUCCGCGAAGGUCUUCCACGCUUCGUUGUCGUAGAACCAUUAGCGGCAGACUGCCUUUUUCAGAGCGCGAAACAAGGGCGACCUCAGGACUCUCCGGGCGAUCUCCGAACUUUGAUGGCCGGUCUAGCUUGUCGCACCCCGUCACCCGCGGCGUUGAAAAUCCUUUUGUGGCUUGCCAGCGACUUCAUUGCUGUGCCAGACUCAAUCGCUGUCGAUGGCAUGAAGGCUCUAGCGACCGGGCUGGGACAGGAUAUUCCUGUCGUGUGUGGAGAAUCCUCGGCGGCAAGCAUGGGGCUUAUGCUAAGAGCCAGUGAAGAUCUAUCGCUUCGUGGAAAAUUGGGUUUAGACAGCGAUAGUCGGGUUCUACUUUUUGGGCUUGAGGGUGCGACUGAUCCUGAAAUCUACGAGAAGCUUGUGGGCACCGGGCCUGAGAUGGUAUUUGAGAAGCAGGCAAGCUUCUCUCAGUAG